AUGGCGAUUACAAGUCUUGUUGCCCUUAUUUUUGUGUCAUUCUUUAUCGCCUCUGCUUUUGCUCAAUCCCCGGCUGCAUCUCCCUCAUUGUCUCCCACCAAAUCACCCUCCAAGGCUCCAUCCCAUAACUCCCCCAAAUCCUCUCCCGCGGUGGCUCCUACUCCUUCCUCCUUGAAGUCUCCACCAUCUCCUCCUUCUUCUUCUCCCUCUACUUCUCCGUCUCCGGCCAGUUCUCCCGCCUCGAUCUCCUCACCGCCUGCUGACGCUCCCGCUCCGUCAGGUAUGUUAGGAUGUUGUCUUGCUGAUACACCUAUUGAGCCAUAUGCCAAACUCAGAGAUACAUGUGAUCAAAUCAUGAUUGGGCAGAUUCUAUUGUUGAUAGAAAAUCUAUGUUCGGGUACAGUACUUUUGUAUGUGGCAAUCUCAUUACUUGGAGCAGCAAGAAGCAAGGGUAGUGUUGAAGCUGAAUACAGGGCCAUGAGUUUGGGAAUUUAUAUAGAUGUGAAGUUGAAUGACGAAGGUGCAGAGGAAAAUCAAGGUAAAAAUGACGAGGAAUGGAUUGAAAAUGGAGUCGCCAUUGGUUUAGAAGUUGUCGAACUGAACGAAGCGGUGCUGGCUGGGGAUUUGUAA